GUUAUCAAGAUGUAAGAAAUCUAUUAAAAGUUAAGCAAUGGCUUAUGCAGUGUUAAACUUAAUAUCAGGCAAUUAACCACUUUAGAACUUCUAAAUCUUAGCUUGGGAAAAUAUCCAUUCAAGACUAAGUAUUUCAUUUGAUUGGAGAUUAUGUUCCAAUGCUCCAUUGAUCUAAGUAUAGCCAAUUUCACAAGCAACUCGAAUUAUAGCAUUCAAGUCUGCCUGUAGAUCAAUACCUACCAUUGAGCUCCCCGCAUUUCCCCAUCCCCACUACAUUAGCCCAGAAAACCAGUGUUGAAAUGACAUAGUAUAGGCCCCUAAUGUACCAUUGAAGCUAGAAUUCUUCCGUAUGCUAGGUACCUAUGUCACGCAUUUUGGGGUAACAGACCGAAUAACCGAAACGUGCUAAGGUACCUGCAGACAACACCCAGCCCGGUACAAUCACGAGGUUCCAGUGUUUCUCAAGCCGAGAUAAUUAAAGAGAGUUUCUUACCGAAAAUGUCGACGAAUACGGAGAUAAUUGACGACAAAAGCCCUAUAUGUAUACCCUUCAUACUUGAACGGUAUAAAAACUACAGCGCUUCAAACCCGACCAGGCCUUUCAUCAUCGGACUCAAUGGUGUACAAGGGGCUGGGAAGACAACCCUAGUAAAGGCCCUUGCCUCAAAGCUCCGGGUCGAUGAGGGCCUACAAACGCUGGUUUGUAGUAUCGAUGAUUUCUACUUGCGGCAUGAAGAUCAAACGGCGCUCGCCGAGUCACACCCGGACAACUUAUUAGUUCAGGUCCGAGGCGAGCCAGGCACUCAUGAUAUGAACCUAGCUCGAGACUUCUUCACAAAAUUGUGCGAGGGGCAGCCAGUCAAGAUUCCUCAAUAUGACAAAUCGGCAUAUUCAGGCCAAGGUGACAGAGUCUCCGAAUCCCAUUGGGAAGUGGUUAAUGGCCCAGGCCAACCCAAGGUUCAGGUAGUCAUCUUCGAGGGCUGGUGCGUUGGCUUUCGACGUCUGAGCCCAAUGGAGGUGACGUUUAAAUGGAAUGCACCAAGCAGAACGCUGAAGAGAUACCCUCUAGAACAUAUGAACUUUAUCAACGAGCGUCUCCAAGACUACGACGCUAUCACAGAUAUGUUCGAUGCAUUCAUCCAUAUCGAUGCUGAAGAUACCGAGUGGGUGUACGACUGGAGAUUAGAGCAAGAAGCGGCGCUGCGGGCGCAGAGAGGAACGGGCAUGACAGACGAUCAGGUCGUGAAAUUCGUCGAUGCGUAUUAUCCCGCAUAUGAGCUUUUUUCCGACAAGGUGAGGAGCGGGCUGUUCUCCAACAAGCCAAGAUGUCAGUUGAGAUUGAUUGUCGGCAAAGAUAGAAAGGUCAAGCAGACAGUCAUCAUCUGAUAUGUGUGAAAGCAAGUGGGUAUCUUACCAGGUAGUCUCCCAUAAUGUAGAACAGUCUCGGCGAUGUCUGUCGUUCAUCAUCUUGCAUGAAGACUUUCUCGGGCGAGCGAACGCUGUGAUGUGGUGGCAGCCUAUGAGUA